CAACAAGACUCCGUCUAGCAGCAGACGACGCACAGUCAUUCAAAACAAAACAAUCCAACGUGUCAUCACUGUCAACAUUCCUCACGUAACAAUGGAGUUAAUCAAUAGAAUAGAGAAUCCAUGCAACUACCAAAUCAGUAAAGUUGUAAAAUUAAGGCCAGGAGCAAAGGUUGGAUCAUGGUGUGGAUUUGUCCUGCCAAUUUCCAUGAUAUUUUCUUGUUUAAAAUACCAUGAAACUGUUUCCAUAAGUUACAAGUUAGCGACCAUUUGCUCAACAGUGUCAUUAGUCUUCUUGUAUAUGAAUCUGUUUAACAAGAAACCACUUAUAACACAUGUUGCAGCUUUAGCUGUAGCUCUUUCUGGUUGUUUACUAACUGGGACUGCACUGAUAACUGUGAUAAAAUUUACGUGCUUUAUGAUCCUCAUCAACAUCAAGAGUUACACAUUCUUGUGUAAACUUUUUCAUCACUUUCCAUCAAGCUUUUCAAUUGGCGAAGCAAUUCUUGCUGUUCAGGGGACAAUUGUUUUUUGUUUUGUUUCAAUAUCAAAUUGUGUGUUGGAUGGCUCCAAUCUCAGCACUGCUUUUUGCCAAAUUUUUCUUUUGGGAAUUGGAACAUUUCUUCUUGGUACUGGCCUGAUACAACAAUUUCAACAACUUUUGCCUUUCAUUCUACUGCUUUUCACUGUGAUGGGAACUGUAACAAUUCCAAUUAUGCUUCUAGUGAUGAAAAAGAACCCUAUUACCUGGUUUCUGAUAGACUUUAUUUUUCUGGACGCAACAAGGGUAUUUCUCAUAUUGUAUUGGCUAGCAUGUACUAUUUUGGCUUUAGCAAUUGCUUGGUGGUUUGGAAGCGGUUCUUCCGUCAAGUUAACCGUCCUGCGCAAAUAUUUCCAUGGCGUCGUUAUUGCCAUCUAUUUGCCCGGAGUAUUUUUCGACACUGAACUACUCUUUGUAGCUUCGGUUAUUGUCUUGGCUGCCUUUCUUCUAUUAGAGUCAGUUCGACUGUACAAUCUGGACUACGUUGGAGACAUUCUAAACAAGAACAUGGUCGGCUUUCUUGACGAAAAAGACCAAGGAACUCUCAUACUCACUCAUAUUUACCUGUUGAUUGGUUGUUCGUUACCAAUAUGGAUCUUCCCUCUCGAAUCAGCAAUGGACACAACAGAUAAACUGCUACUGUGCUCUGGUGUAGUGUCACUUGGAAUCGGGGACACUGCUGCAAGCAUUGGCGGAACUUUGUGGGGCAAAAACAAGUUUCCUGGUAGCUCCAAGAGUAUCGAAGGGACAGUGUGCUCUAUAUUGGCGGAAAUCCUGUUCCUAGUCAUCAUGUUUAAUUUAGGAAAAAAUGGCAGUGGAAAAAGUGCAGUUCUCACAGGGAUAGUUGUUGCUCUUGGUGAAAGGGCUUCAGCCACAUGUCGUGGUCAAAGUAUUAAAGAUUUUGUAAAAACUGGCAAAUCCAAAGCUGUUGUCUCUGUUACUUUGAUAAAUAAAGGGAAGGGUUCCUACAAGCGAAACACUUUUGGUGAUACCAUCACAAUAGAAAGAACAAUUAAUGCUUUAACAGGAAGUGGAGGAUACAAAAUUUUCAACGAACAACGGAAACUCGUCAGCGACAAGCGAAGUGAUCUUAACAGAAUCCUCGCUCAAAUGAACAUUCAAGUGGACAAUCCAGUAUGUAUUUUAAACCAAGAAACAGCGAAGAACUUUCUGCACAGUAACGACGCUCAGCAGAAAUACAAGCUGUUCGAACGUGCAACACAGAUGGAUGCGAUGCGUAACGAGUAUUCAGUAGCAGAGGAUGAGAUAUCAAGAAGCAAGGCUUGCAUGAAAGAAAAGUUACAGAGUUUGGAAAUCUUAAAUGCUGAUGUGAAUAAAUGGAAGACCAAAAAGGAAUGGUAUGAUGCAAUCAAUGAAAUCCAUGACAAGAAAGCAAAAUUAGAAAAUGAAAUAUUUUGGGCCCAAGUUGAAGGUUUCGAGAAAAAAGCGUCUGAAGCAUUACAAAGAAAGAAUCAUCAGCAGUCAGAAAUUGAUAAGGCUCGCGUUAAAAUUCAGGAACAUGAACAACGGUUGGUUGAAUUGCAAGAAAAGUUCCAAAAUCGCAGAUCAGACGCCGUUGAAAAGAAAAAAGAGUUGCAAAUUGCUCGAGAAGAAUUCUCUGUCGUUGAUAACCAACUAACCGAAAUGAAAAAUCGACAAGGAACGUUUCAGAAUGAUCUUAGGCAACUGGGCAAUGAAAAACAGCGUCUUAUGAAAGAUAAGGCAGAACUGAAAGCGGAAAUUGACAAAUUAAAUAGGGAGUACGGCGACAGCGAACAUGCUAAAAGAAAGGAGAGGAGAGAAGCAGAAUUGCACCAAUUAAAUGAAAAGUUGGAAAACUUGGAGUCGUCGCGAAAAGUUUCUGAACAUCAAGUCGAACAGCUAAAAAAUGCUUUGAUUCAAUUGAGAAACGAAACUUUGGCUGUUAGGAGUGAAUUGACGCGUACUCACAAUAGCUUAGAAAAUAAGAAAAAGACACUGGCUCAGCUCCAAAAAUCAGAUUCAAACUCAUGUGCAGUCUAUGGAGAUUGGGUCCCUAAAUUGCUUCAAAGAAUUGACAGAACGUCGUUUAGGGGAUCAAAGCCUAAAGGGCCAAUUGGUUCUUACAUUAAACUCCGAGAUAGAUCUUGGGCACCUGUAGUAGAGCAUUAUUUCGGGCAAAGGCUUUCAUGUUUUGUUUGCUCCAAUGAUGAAGACGCGAAGUUACUUCAGAAAAUAGUUCACGAGGAAGCGCCGCGAAACGGACAAGCUCCAAAAAUUCUUGUUUCGUGUACGAAUGGCCAGGUUCAUGACGUUAGGGAACACAAGGUUCAUUGCAGUGAGGAAUUGAUAAGCAAAGAUAUUCAUUGUUUAAUGGAUAUGCUGAUAAUUGAAGAUAACGAAGUUACGAAUGUCUUGAUAGACUUAAACGGCAUUGAACAAGUUCUCCUUAUUGGUAAUGACCGAGAUGCGUGCUAUUUAUUGUCGGAUUCCUCUCGAGUGCCUUAUAAUUGCAAAAGUGCGAUUACCAAAGAAGGAAAUACUUAUCAUCCGGAUCCAAAUUAUCGUUCUUACUGUGGAAGAGUGGGAAAUACGGCCAGAUAUCUUCAAGCCUCGGUGGAAGACGCAAUUCGGAAUUUACACGAAGAAAUUGAAAACCUCCAGCGCGAUGAAAUAAGAAUCAGCCAAAACUUGAAAAACUUCAGUAUGCAAAUUCAAAAUAAUGAAGGGCAGUUAAGAAACGAAGAAUCAAAACUCUCGUCGACACGUAGAGAAAUAUCUGAUGGUCAGAGGAAAAAAAAGACACUCGAGUUAGAAAAUGUCGAAGGCGGUUCUACGGAUGUUCUGGCUUUGGAAGAAGAUUUAGUUGAUGUUGAAAAGAAGUUGGAAAGGAUUGAUGACGAUAUCCAAACUAAGACUGAGAGUUUCGAAGAACUAAAGCGCGAGAUGCAAAAAUUACGACAAAUUGUUAACCAGCACCAGGCCACUAUUUCUUCCUUGAUGGCAGACAGCGGGCCAUUGCAGGACUCGUUUAGAUUCAUGGAAACUCAACAAAAAAACAUCAAGGAGACGAUUGAGAAGUUGUCUGCUUCGCUUGCUAGUAUGCAAUCAAAGUUGGAUUCUUUUGAAGCAGAUUAUGAAGAAGCUAGGGCUAAAGCAGAAUCGGAAGCCGCUUUGGCUGCACAGGCAUCCUCUCGGGCACCAGUGACAAAAUCUUUAAAGAACCUUAAUUCAGAGUUAAGACAAUUGGAGCAGCAAAUCGUUGCACAAGAAAAGGAAUUAGGAUCCCGUGACCAUGUUUUUGCAGAAUAUCGAAAGCGCAAAGCAGAUUUUGAACGAGCUUUCUCGGAAGUCACAGGAGUACAGAGUUCUUUAAAAAAAAUGAUGGACAUGAGUAAGAAGCGUAAAGAUUUCAUUAAAAUAUUUCGCAAUAGCAUCGAAUCAAGAACAUACCAUAUUUUUCGGGCUCUUCUAAGAACUCGUAACUUUGAAGGAGAACUUUCGUUCGAUCACAAUGAAAAGACACUUUCGUUGAUGGUUGUUCCACCUGGUCGUGAUGGAUCCUCUCAACCUAAGGUUAAACGCGGUCGUGAAAGUGGUGCAACCGACAUUCGAUCCUUAAGCGGUGGAGAGCGUUCUUUCGCGACGGUCUGCUUCAUUUUAUCGUUGUGGGAUGCCACCGAAAGCCCAUUCAGAAUCCUCGAUGAGUUUGACGUAUUUAUGGACCAUGUUAAUCGAUCGAUCUGUAUGGAUUUAUUGGUCACCGAAGCAAGAGAAAACUCAGGACGUCAAUUCGUUUUUCUCACGCCCCUUGGAUUGGAAAAGCAGCAGCUGAAUAAUAUGGAUGACCUAUCCAUCUUCAGAAUGGAUGAUCCUAAUCGUCGGGAGUAAAGGAAGGAUCCCGUUUAAAUGUGAAAACUUUCUUUUUGUUCCGUUACCCCUUUGUUUAAGACGAAUUCGUUAAAAUCCGUAUUCUGUUCGUGCGUCAACCUGGAACUUUUGAAAUAAACCAAGAAUUAAUGUUCA